AUAAAUUUACCAAAUCUUUAACUCAUAGAGAUUUAUUUCCUGUUCAUAAGUAAAUCAUACCUGUGUAAAAAUCAAAAUAGAAAAAUGGAUUUUACAAAAACAUCCAGUGUUGAGGAAACCGAAAACACUGACAAAAGUGGUCAUGCACAAAACCUGCACGAAAAUGUGUCCAAAUUCUAUGAUACCAUAGGAACUAUUUCGAGAAACAUUCGCAAGGACGACUGGGCAUACUUGCAACGCCAUCCAGAGAUACGAGCCAUUAUUCGAGUCAUUACAACCGAGGCUAUCAAGGAAAAGCCAUCGAAUAUUUAUAAUUUUACGGCCAAUUUAUUUACUCCCGAUCGAGAUGAGGAGAUGGUGGAAAAGAUCAACAAGCAACUUAAGUGGCUCAAUGAGCAGUUGAGAGGGGGUUCUUGGAAUCCGGCAGAUGGAGAUAGUCCGUUUUCGGAAACUAGCGACACGUCUUCGGAAAAUCACUGCCCUACCGAUUUAAAUACUACUGAGAAAAUGGAUAUGACCGAAGGACUGCUGUGUCCUGAAAAUUAUAAGCCUAACUGCAAGAAAUGCUAAGAAACAUUAUUUCACAAGUGUUUGUAACAUUUUGAUGUACUUCGCUUUUUUGAAAUAGUACAUAAUGUCAAUAUCCUAAAAAUUAUACGUAAGCCAAAAAAAGGUU